UGCAGACGCCUUGCGAGACAACAGAAGAACUACAACAAAAACCCCUCCGUUUGCUCAUGGAAAAAACACACAGCCCUCAAGAUUUCUCGGAAGCCCUUUGAGGCUCUCAAGUAUUAGCGUUUACUAACAGAGCGAGGAGCCACGCUCGGCCUAAAGGCAGUCAGUGAAGCCGAGCCGCUCGAAAAAUUUCACCCAGGUGUCGGUGUUUGUAUUUUGUGAGGGUAAACAUAUUUUGUAGCCCGUUAGCAAAGCGACUUCCUCUCGUGUCUAUGAGGAGCAGAUGCUUCGUUAGCUGCCUAAAGCUGGAUUAUAACGCUACUUAAAACGCGUUUACAAGAUCUUGCCAAAGUCUGUUAUUGGUUCUUAUUUCAGUUUGACAGCUUGGAAGCUGAUUAUGAUAAUUGAUACCAACUGGUGAGAAGAAGCAUGGAGCUGUACUGGUACAUAGUCGUCAUAAUAUUUAUUAUGAUUAAGAUCUUCUUCUACAUCUGCUGGUAUCGCUCAAGGCAAAGACAGCUGGCUGCGUACCUCAGCAAUCCCCGAAACGCUCAGAUCGUCAUUGUUGGAGGACGAGCGUACCUGCACCAGAUCUGUGAGAGGCAAAAUACAUCAAUCUGGCCCAAUUGGUACGGAGUUCAGGACGACGGCUCGGUGGGCGAACCCUCCGCCUCUCUUCCACCAUCAUCCUCGCUUUCUCAUCUGGACAUGCCUCCUCCAUAUGAGGCGGUGUCUGGAGCAAAUGACCUGAAGCCUCCACCGUACAGCGAGUACGCUCAAAACGAUGACACCGACGCAUCCCUGAGCAUCGCCAUCCCGGACAGCAACGAUUCCAGUGGAAUCAGCGAUGCCCCGCCCCCUUACACACCCAGCGUCACAUCUCCAACCAAUCAGCAAGCAGAUAGCAACAGUCAAUCACAGCUGGAGGGAAGGUCAAGUUAGACUUCUCUCAUUAUAGAAACACAACAAGGGCUAAGCAACAGCUUUAGCCCCUCUAGGUCUUGUUUUUCCAUCUGGACUUAUUUUCUUCUCAAGCAAAUUAUACAAAGAAAAAAAGAUUUCACAUUGGCGGUGGAUCUUGCUCAUUCUCUUGACAUGAGAGAAUUUGGAUAGUGCACAAUAUGCAGUAUAAAGAAUGAGACUGGCCUGAUGCCAUCUCCUGGCAGAGUCGAGCACUGCUCUGCCCACGCUGGUGUACCGGUGCUUUCAGUUCACCCAUGCCUUAUGCUCAUUUCCUCCAGCAACACCACAGCGCAUAGCCAUACGACAGACACAGCCAUUUCAAAUAUUUUAAACAGUCACAUUCACCGACAUUUCUUUGCAGUAGUGUUGAAGAUUAAUGCCGUGAUCACGUGUGGCUGCUUGAGGAACUGUAAAUAGGCUAGUGGGUUGAUUGCCGUGCGGCAAGCACGUUUUGCGUUUCUUUCUUUUUUGUUUUUUCUCUAAAGUCCCAAAGGGAGAGGUUAAAGGGAUAGUUCACAUAAAAAUGAAAGAAAUAGUUCAGCCAUAAAAUGAAAUUUUGCUAAAAAUGUACUCAUCCCCCAGGCCAUCCGAGAUGUAGAUGAGUUUGUUUCUUUAGCGGAACAGAUUUGGAGAAACUUAGCAGUACAUCACUUUCUCACUAAGCGAAUGGGUGCCGUCAGAAUGAGAGUCUAAACAGCUGAUUAAAACAUUGCAAUCAUGUGCAAGUUAUUCACACAACUCCAGUCUAUCAAUGUCUUGUGAAAAGCGAAAAGCUGCGUGUUUAAAAUCCAUCAAGAAGUUUUUAACUUUCCACCAACAAAAACACAAAUCCGUCUAGUUGAGAAAUAUGCAUCAAGCUCAUGUGAAGACAGUGCUAAAUAAAUAUUGUGAUGUUUUCAUCAGCUGUUUAAACUUAAGUUCUGACGGCACCCAUUCACUGCAGUGGAUCCGUUGAUGUAACGCUACGUUUUUUCAAAUCUGUUCUGAUUGAGAAACAAACCUAACAUCUAGGAUGUCCUCAGGAUGAAUAAACUCUCAGCAGAUGUUCAUUUUUAGGUGAUCUGUUCCUUUAACAUUCUGUCAUUAUUUACUAACCCAUUUCAUGUCAAACCUGUGACUUUUUUUCUAUAUAAGUAAGCAGCGAUGUUUGGUUACCAGCAGUGACUCUUUUGGAUUGACAUGAGGGGGAGUAAAUGACAGAAUUUCUAUUUUCAGCUGAACCGUCGCUUUAAAGUAUAGAGGUCUAGCCUCAGGUUUAUUUAUAACCUCAGUUUAUAUGUGAUGACAAUUAAAAAAAAAAAAAAAAUCUUUUGCCCUGAAGCACUUUUAAUGUGUUGUAAUUGCCUUAAUUCCGUCUGUUGGUAAGUGUCCAAUAAUCCCGAAUCAACCAGAGCCGCUGUGGAUAGUGUGUGGAUCGUGUAAAUGUGCGCAGUCCUACUCUGUGUUGUAUCGCUUAUCAGGUUAACUGUAAUACACUGAUGCAUUUGAGAUCACGGAUGCCCUUAUUAACAAUUUCCGCUAACCGAAAUAGACUUUUCUUUUGUGUGUGUAUGUGUGCGUAAGUAUGUGUGUGCGUUAAGGCAUAUGUUAAGUGUGUGAUAAAUUCAAAAAGGACUUCCUCGUGAAAAUGUUUAUGUGCUUUGCUGAGCGCAUGAAGUCAUCUCUGUGCAAUUGUCGAUAUAUCAGGUUCACAUAAUGGGAUCAAUUUUUGUAUUAAAAAACAGUCCACAUGAAAGGAUGUGAUUAUAGUGUGCUUUUAGAAUAUGUGUGUGUAGUUCCGUUUCCUUUUCCUUCCUGAUCGCCCCGGUCCUUCACUAUAUAAUUUCAUUUAAUCAUAAUUUGAUUUAAAAUGCUAAUCCUGCAACAUGUAUUAUCUCAUUUAAACUGAAGUACUGUAUAUGCUAUUUUUGUAUUUAUGGAAAAACCCUUUGAAUCUCUUUCAAAAAUAAAGAUCGGUGAAAUGUG